AUGCGUCAGAUCGACUACAAGCACUGCCCAGGGGAUGACGAUUCCAUCCCGACCACCGACGAGGAGAAGAAAGUCCUCGUUGGCAAGCUGAUCGUGGCUUUGAAGAAUAUGGAAGGCAUCAAGGACAGCGAGGCAUCAAUCAGAACCUUCAACAACCGCAAUACUACCGAGCUUGAAUUUGAACUCACCGCUUGGGAGAUCCUGGAGGCAAUGAUCACCCGCCACGAGCUUGGGGCUUCUCUGACCCCUGCCCAUGCGAAGAGAAAGACCGGUAUCUUCGAGGUUCGAUUCCUGGCCGUCUGCCACGCUCUCGACUGCUCCAAGUCGGUGGCCAAGCACUGCCUCGACGCGGAGUACGUGAAGACCUUCGUCGACCACCCCAAGGGGGCCCUGGACCGAGUCCUCGGCAACAAGGUCGUCAAUGCCCGAAAGUCCGUCCUGCUCAAGGCCGGCAAGGAGGCUCUUGAAAAUUAA